CCCAGCCCGCCCCGGUUGUGACAGGAGGCAGCUGCCAGCCACCACUCCUAGGCUCCCUAGCUCACUGCUGGGGCCCUCCCGAUCCCAGGCCGGGGGUCGGGGGGCCACCAUGGCCUGCCGCUCGUGCGUCGUUGGCUUUAGCAGCCUCAGUGGCUGUGAGGUGACCCCUGCGGGCAGCCCCCGGCCUGGGACCUCGGGAUGGGGCAGCUCCGGGGUCCCUGGGUCUGGCUUUAGCUCUCGAAGCCUUACAAGCUUCAGAUCAGCCGACACCAUCCCCAAGGUGACUGUAGACUCCAGCCUGCUGGUGCCCCUGGACCUCAAAGUAGACCCUGCCGUUCAACAACAGAAGAACCAGGAGAAGGAGGAGAUGAAGGUCCUCAACGAUAAAUUUGCCUCCCUGAUUGGCAAGGUACAAGCUCUGGAGCAACGAAACCAGCUGCUAGAGACUCGAUGGAGCUUCCUGCAGGGCCAGGGAUCUGCCACCUUUGACCUCAGCCACCACUAUGAGACGUUCCAGGGCCAGCUGCAAGAGGAGCUGCGAAAAGUGAGCCAGGAGCGGGGCCAGCUGGAAGCCAACUUACUGCAGGUGCUGGAGAAAGUGGAGGAGUUCCGUAUCAGGUAUGAGGACGAGAUCUCUAAGCGCACAGACCUGGAGUUCACCUUCGUCCAGCUGAAGAAGGACCUGGAUGCUGAGUGUCUCCGACGCACUGAACUAGAAACCAAGUUAAAAGGCCUACAGAGCUUCGUGGAGCUGAUGAGAACCGUCUAUGAGCAGGAACUGAAGGACCUUGCAGCCCAAGUGAAAGAUGUGUCAGUGACUGUGGGCUUGGACAGCCGCUGCCACAUCGACCUGAGUGGCAUCGUGGAGGAGGUGAAGGCCCAGUAUGAUGCUAUUGCUGCUCGAAGCCUGGAGGAGGCUGAGGCAUACUCACGGAGCCAGUUGGAGGAGCGAGCAGCUCGCUCUGCGGAGUUCAGCAGCAGCCUCCAUAGCAGCCGCUCUGAGAUUGCAGACCUGAACGUGCGCAUCCAGAAACUGCGGUCCCAGAUCCUCUCCAUCAAGAGUCAUUGCCUGAAACUGGAGGAGAACAUCAAGGUGGCAGAGGAGCAGGGUGAGCUGGCCUUCCAGGAUGCCAAGGACAAGCUGGCCCAGCUGGAGGCCGCUCUGCAGCAGGCCAAGCAGGACAUGGCGCAGCAGCUGCGUGAGUACCAGGAGCUCAUGAACACCAAGCUGGCGCUGGACAUCGAGAUCGCCACCUACCACAAGCUGGUAGAAGGAGAAGAGAGCCGGAUGGACCUGCCCUCUGCCACUGUGGUCAGUGCUGUGCAAUCCCGAUGCAGAACCACUGCCUCCAAGUCUUGCCUCUCCAAGACCCCUUUCCAGAAGAAGAAGAAGCACAGGGGCCCCGUGAUCAAAAUCACUGAAAUGUCAGAGAAGUACCUCUCGCAGGAAUCGGAGGCCUCGGAGUGAAGCAGCACACCCCAGAAGCCUCGGGUCACUCCCACUGGGGCCGGAAGGAUGGAAGCAAAGUUCAAGAAAGUAGCUUGGAGCCUUCAGGUUGGGAGAGGAGACACUGAACUGACACUGAACUGAGAUGGGUUCCAACCGAUCAGUGGUGGCAGGGAGCAUCGCCAGCUCCAUUUUCAUCAGUGUCUCAGUCGCCACUUCCAACCUCCUGGUCACAGAUUUUCCUGGAUGGUAAAGGGGAACUUGGGGUCAGUCUGCGUCCACCUCCUCACUCCUCUGGGGCCCCUUCUUCCCACAUAGCUCUGACAAGGUGCUUGACUUUUGCCCAAUGCUUGCCCUGACCUCUUGCCCCAACCUUGCCUUGCCUCUGCCUCAGAACUGAGGAUGGUUCCCUCCCUCCCAACUCGGGCCAUAGGCUGGGCUGAAGGGGACCCUUGUCCUUAUUUCUUAUCUGGGGGUUCCUGGGGGCUAGGUGCAAAGGAUUCCUGGCUUUCCGGCCCUCAGCUUCCCCAGAUGCCUGACAGUAUUAGGGACAAGGGAAGGAAAGGGUUGGUGUUUGACACAGUAGCCUGAGUCUCAAGGUAUCCCAAACACCUGCACCCGCCCUCCUCUAGGAACUCUCCCCAAGAGGUCAGUUAGAAUUGGGUUCCAAAGCUACUCUGGCCAUAGCUAGCACCCUGGGAGGAGAACCCAGAGAUGAUAGCCUGAGACCAGGCCUUCCCUUCACCUCUCUGUCAUUCUGGGAUGUGCCCCCAGCCCAGGACUCUGAACCUCAACUCCUCCUGCCUUUGGUGCACAGGCCUGAGAGCUCCUCACCCCACCCUGCCGCAAACCCCAGGCCCAUUUCCUACUUCCCAAAGCCUCUUUUGUGACCCCACUAGGCCAAGGCUAUCCCAUUCCCAUGUGCCUACUGUUCCUGUUUCCUCCCCACCUCUGCCCCUUCUUCCCUUUGGGCUUACUUUCCCUGCUUCUGGUGAGCCAUGAAGAAGGCUCAACCUGGGAAUGUCUGGAAGUUUCUGAGUCCUUGAGUUGGUCUGGGAAGCCCAAACAACACCCUUCAAAGGAUUCAACCCAAGAGAGCCAUUCUGUACCCAACAAGGAGAUCUGGGGUUGGCCAGACAGUUCCUACUUCCUACCGUGACUCU